UAGUUUCCCGGCAUUCUUUUCGCGCGGUCUUUUUCGCCAUAUUUCCGCUAGCGCAGCAGGUGAGCUCUCCUGUAAAGAAAAGCGAAGAUGCCAGGAAGGCUGUGGAGCAAGGCCAUCUUUACGGGCUACAAGCGCGGCCUGCGCAACCAGCGCGAGCACACGGCGCUGCUCAAGCUGGAAGGCUGCUACAGCCGCAACGAGGUUGACUUCUACCUGGGCAAACGAUGCGCUUAUGUCUACAAGGCCAAGAAGAAAACGGUGACGCCUGGCGGCAAGCCCAACAAAACGCGGGUCAUUUGGGGCAAGGUGAUGCGUGCCCACGGCAACAGCGGGAUGGUGAGGGCAAAGUUCACCAGCAACCUCCCUGCCAAAGCCAUCGGACAUCGCAUACGAGUGAUGUUGUACCCGUCCCGAGUGUGAGCAACACCGGAGCAGCCGCCCCCCCUGCCCAGAAGCUUGUUGUUUGUAAAUAAACAAUAAAAAGAUCAGACGCUG